AUGAAUGAAUUACUAGAAAAAAUUUAUGAACAUUGGAAACUACAUGAUGGGCCUUCUGAGAUCGAAACUCCAUUAUUGACUCGUUAUUUAAAUGAUCUUUCUCAAACAUAUAAAAUUGAUUUUCAAAAAAAUACACAAACAAGUACGAAAACAUCUUGUCAACGAGCGAUCGAUCGUCGGCUAGUAAGAGAAUUACCAAAUAAUCGAAAUUGGUUUUAUUGCAAUGAAUAUGACACUUGGGCACGUUAUGAACAAAUGGUAGAAAAUAAGAUUGAGCAAGCAUUUCAAUUAUAUCGAUCUGGUCGAGGAUCAUCAACUUUUGACAUUCAGCUUUCUGGACGUCCUGAAACCUAUCAAAUAAAUUUCUUAAAAGGAAAACAAACAAGCAAACCUACUUAUGAGAUAAAAAACAUUAAACGUGAAUAA